UGUAUUCGCUGUAUAGUGUAUUGUAAUUACAGUAUAAAUAUCAAAAUACACCACCAUAUAAUUUAGAGAUAAAGGUAGAACCUAGUAGAAACAAGGACACCUUAGUAAAGAGCACUUGUAUAUGAACAUGGCGUCCACCUUGAGGCUGGCUUUUGCUGCCCGCAGCGCUUCACAAUAUGGUCGCAUCCGUACUGCGCAUCAAUACGCUCCCCUGUUGACCACUCAAUCAGUCCGUUUCUUCAAAACCUCUCUCAUACCCUGGGAAAUCAAGACUGUGCCGUGUCCCGCGUUAGCCGAUUCGGUGACUGAGGGAGAAAUCUCGCAAUGGACUAAAGACGAAGGCGACUACGUGGAGACGGACGAGGUGAUCUGUGUGCUCGAAACCGAUAAGGUGGACAUUGAAAUCUCGUCACCACACGCUGGUACUCUGAAGAAGCACCUCAAGGGCGAAGGAGACUCCGUGGAGGUGGGCCAGGAUCUAUUCGAGAUCGACACAGACGGCGCCCCAUCAGAAGGCGGAUCACCCGCCCCUCCCAAAGAGACGCCCUCAACAGACACGCCCAAGCAAGACGCACCCGCCGCCACACCCGCCCCUGCACCCGCCGCCGACAAGGCGGAGAAAAAGGCCCCUGCACCUAAGAAAGAAGCCAAGAAAGAGAGCAAGAAGGAAACCGCUGCACCGGCAUCGGGCGUUGAGUAUGGAGAGACGCGUGUGAAGAUGUCGCGUAUGCGUCUGCGUGUGGCCGAGCGACUUAAGGAGGCACAGAACACCACUGCGAUGCUCACCACCUUCAACGAAAUCGACAUGACCAACAUCAUGGCACUACGCAAUCAGUUCAAGGACGACUUCCUGAAGAAGCACAACAUUAAGCUCGGGUUCAUGAGUGCCUUCCUAGCAGCAUCCACAAACGCGUUGAAGGAUCAACCGGUACUGAAUGCAGUGAUCGAGGGAAAUGAGAUUGUAUACAGAGACGCCAUCGACAUCAGCGUGGCCGUGGCAUCGCCCAAGGGAUUGGUGGUGCCUGUCAUUCGCGAGUGCAACAACAAAAACUACGCUGAUCUGGAGCGAGCAAUCGCUGAGAUGGGAGAGAAGGCCCGCAACGGAGAGAUCGCCAUUGAAGACAUGGCAGGCGGCACGUUCACCGUGUCUAACGGAGGAGUGUUUGGGUCGCUCAUGGGCACUCCCAUCAUCAACCCGCCGCAGAGUGCCAUUCUGGGUAUGCACGGCACAUUCCCUCGACCCGUGGCCAUCAAUGGCAAGGUUGAGAUCCGACCCAUGAUGUAUGUAGCUCUCACGUACGACCACCGGCUGGUGGACGGCAGAGAGGCCGUAACCUUCCUGCGAAAGAUCAAGCAGGGUGUGGAGGACCCCGCCACCCUUCUGCUGGGCAUUUAAGCCAAUUGGUACUGGUUAUUGGCGCUCCGGCCAAUUCUAGUAGGCAUCAGUAUGCUUUCACGCAGAAGUAUACAUGGACAUGUAUAUUACUUUACGCUUAAGUUAAUAAAGGUUGUGCUCGUGUGUACAUGCACAUGUAUAUUA